AUACAAAUACAAUUAUGAUUAGAAGAUUGAGCCUUAGAGGAGUUAGGUUCAAUUCAGGAGCAACAGCUGGUCUCAAGCUUUCCAAAUUCGACGAACACUACACUUCAAUUGCUAUAGAUGGUGAAUUACAUCAUUUCAAAAACUUGUUUUUACGUGACUCUUGCACUUCUGAAGCUUCGGUAGAUCCAUUUUCUCGCCAAAAGCUUUUCAGUACUGGUGACAUCACUCAAACCUUAAACAUUAUUGAUGCCAGAGUGAAUGGAGAUAACCUAGAAGUGAAAUGGCAUGAUGGUGAAUCGCAAUCCUCAUCUACUUUCCUGAAGGAUUUCUUGGAUUCCCACAAGAAUCUUGAGAGUAGUCUUAGAGGUAAAUUUUUCCACCAUGAUCGACUUUUUUGGGAUAUGAAGUCAUUGAAACCUUAUCUCGGGGAGCUUCAAGUGGAUUGUUCAGAUUACAAUUCUACCGAGGGAUUCCAUUCAACAUUGGAUAACCUUAACCGAUUUGGAUUAAGUUUCAUCAAUAGUAUACCUAAACCAGCAGAAACAACCAUGACGGAAGAAAAUGCAUACAGCUGGCCAGUUGCGCAGCUUGCAAACAAAUUUGGGUACAUCAAGAAGACAUUUUAUGGGACUCUCUUUGACGUGAAAAAUGAGAAGGAGGAUGCCAAGAACAUUGCCAACACGAACACCUUUUUGCCCUUACAUAUGGACUUGUUGUAUUACGAGUCUCCACCAGGUUUACAAUUCUUACACUUCAUUGAAAAUUCCACCGAAGGUGGAGAGAAUGUUUUUAGUGAUUCAUUUCUGGCAGUAGAAUUCGUUAAGUCCGAAGAUAUGGCUGCCUACGAAGCUUUGACUAAAUUCCCAAUUACUUUCCACUACGACAACAAUGGGGAGUAUUACUACUACACUAGACCAUUGGUUGUCGAGGACCCCCUCACAGGAGUGCUCCAGGCAGUUAAUUAUUCUCCUCCAUUCCAAGGACCAUUUGAACUCGGAACUACCUCUGAUUCUCAUCAAUUACUCUUUAAUGAUUUCCUACGCGGUUUAAUUCUCUUUGAAAGUUUUGUUAACGAUCCAGCAAAUCAAUACAAGGUGAAGAUGCCAGAAGGUUCUUGUGUAGUUUUUGACAAUAGAAGGGUGCUACAUUCAAGACUUGAGUUCUCAGAUGCCAAUGGAGGCGAUCGUUGGCUAAUGGGGUGUUAUGUUGAUGGCGACAGCUAUAGAUCUCGACUCAGAAUUAGAAGCAGAAGUCUGUAAAUGGUAACAUACUCU